AUGGACGCAGAAUUUGUGAAGGAAUGCACAGAAGAGCACAACAAGUACCGUUCCAAGGUGAAGCCCGGAGCCAGUAAUAUGAGACGUGGAUGGAAGGUUAGGCGGUUUCAAGUCUACCCUCAACCAAGAAAUCGGGCGGUUUCAGGGUCGCUGUGGUUUGGAGAAAGCUGGGAUGCAGGUUUGGCUAAAACUGCAAGAGCAUGGAGCAAGACUUGUAGUUCUAAACGUAAUCCACACCUGAAGAGAAAAGGAGAAGCCCAUCCGAUUUUUGAAACUGUAGGAGAAAACAUAUAUGUUGUAUCAGGCGACUUUACUAUUAAAGAUGCCGUGAAAGCAUGGUAUGAUGAAGAAAUGUAUUAUAAUUUUGAUGACAAUAAAUGUAACAAGAAAAACAUGUGUGAACGUUAUACCCAGCUUGUCUGGGGAGAAACUUAUAAACUUGGCUGUGCAGCUAAUUACUGUCCCAAAGGGAUUAAAAAUUCUAAAAUUGAAAACGAUGGAUCAGUAUUUGUGUGUAACUACUCACCCAGUGGAAAUCGUAAAGGACAGCCACCGUACAGUAAAGGAGCACCUUGUACAUCUUGUGGUUCGGAUUUUUGUAGGGAAAACUUAUGCAGUGAACCAGAUCGUGAAGCAAUUUCCCAAUACCCUGAAUGGAAUCCAGACUUUGGGUCAGCCUCCAUUUUAUUGUCAAACUGCCUUCUGACAUUUAUGUCUAUUAGUUUAACACAUAUUCUAUGCUGAUAACUCCUCAGAUAUAUCCUAUGUAUUUCUGGUACUUUUUUGUUUUCUUCUGUUUCAGUCAGGCAGGUGGGAGGUACCAAGAAACUGAAUUCUCUCCCAUCAGUGCUGCUUCAUAAUUGUCAUACCCUUACUGACUGAUCAGAUACCUCGU